AUGUUAACCUUUAUUACACCGCAUAUAUUUGAUGAUGUUAAAGGCAUAGAGUCCGCGGUGAUUGUGGAAAAGGAAAGAAAAAAAUACAAAGUAGUUGGAAGUGAUGAAACAAAAAAACUCUGUUUCAUAAAUGCUCAACUUUAUCUCAUUUCUCACUUCUUUUCCAUAUAUAAACCUUGCUUAUACCACUCACUAAAUUCAUUCAUAUUUGAUAUUUCAUGUUCUUGUGCUUUUGUUUCUCACCACAAUAUGAGUUCUUCUUGCAAAAGAACACUUUCUCUUCCAAUUCACAAGGAAAAUUCUCUAAUGGAAAUACCCUACAAAACAUCAGAAGAAUCGUCUGGUUCGUCAUCAUCAUUUUCGAACGAAUUUGUUGCGAUUAAGAUGCCAUUAACACCGAGUCCAACUCCAACUCACAAGAAGGUGAAUUUUCUUGUGACUUCACGUUCUGUUGAUGCUGCUCCAAUUGUGGAUAGUGAUAGUAACAAUCUAGGGAAUUUGACCACAAGAGGAAAAUCGUCGAGUGCUAGAAGUAUUAUGCCGAAAUUGAACUUUCCGUAUAAUAGGACUUCAUCAUCUGAUGUUGAAAAGGCGAUAAGUUUGGCUCCGGAAAGUCCUUGUGAGAAGCCUUCUGUCUCUGGAUCAGGAUCAGUGUCUUUAAGUAAGCUGUUUGCUCCUAAGAUUUAUAGAACUUCUUCGCUACCGGUUGAAGAAAUCGGGCGUGUUAAUAAUGAGUUUGCUUUUGGUGGAUGUCUUGGUGCUUCUCCAUAUAGAAGCCAGGGGUCGAUAGCUCGCACUCGUUCAGAGCCGGUAGAUAGCAAAGAAAAAAUCAUAAGGAAAAUGGAUAAGUUUUUCCGCAUUAUUCCUUCCACCCCAGGUGCAAAGGAAGUUAAAGAAUGGUUAAAAGCUUCUGCAGAAAAGGAUACGGAAAAUGGCGGUGAUGACGGUGAAGAUAUAGCUGAAGAGGAAGCUGUGUGUAGGAUUUGUCUGAUUGAGCUAUGUGAAGGAGGUGAGACGCUGAAGAUGGAAUGCAGUUGCAAAGGUGAACUUGCAUUGGCUCACCAAGAAUGCGCUAUCAAGUGGUUCAGUAUCAGGGGUAACAAGACAUGUGAUGUGUGCAAGCAAGAAGUUCAGAAUCUCCCUGUCACUCUCUUACGCAUCCAAAAUGUUCAAACUCAGAAUACCGGAGCAAGGUCUCAGCAGGAAGACGACUUCAGGGUUUGGCAGGAGUUACCUGUGCUUGUCAUUGUCAGCAUGCUUGCUUAUUUCUGUUUCCUUGAGCAGCUUUUGGUUGGAAGAAUGAAAACCCGAGCAAUUUUCAUUUCUCUUCCGUUCUCCUGUGUACUGGGUCUAGUCUCCGCCAUGACAUCAACAACCAUGGUGAGGAAUAGGUUCAUCUGGCUUUAUGCAUCUGCACAAUUUCUCUUGGUUGUUAUCUUCGCACAUAUAUUUUACCCCUUGUUUGGUAUCGCGCAGGUUGGUAAGCAAGCAGUUUUAGCAAUCCUUCUUGCAUCAUUUGCUGGAUUUGGUGUAAUGAUGAGCGGAAGUUCAAUACUUUCCGAGUUACUCAGAUAUAGAAGAGCAUUUCAAGCUUUAGAGGAGCAGCAGCGCGCUCAAAUGAUGAUGCAAGAAGGACUGUAUUCUCAAGGUGUAAUUACCCCAGAACCAAGCCUUCCCAGCUACAACCAAACUACAGUGCAACUUCAAAAUCAAGUGAACUCAAAUUCGUAG